AUGAGCUCAGGCCCGACGUGUGCCGUUGCCGGGUGCCACAACAACCUCGAAAAAAUUGAAGUUGUUGUUGGAGAGGAUCUAGCGUGGCUUUCAGCUUUAAAACUGAAAUAUCCUCCAAAGAAGAUAUACGUUUGCUCGUUUCACUUUGUUGAAGAAAAGCCUACAGAGCUGCAUCCUGAUCCGGAGCUGUGUUUGGGUUACGAUAGACCACCCCAAAAGAAAAGUCGAAAGCUAGUUCUGGUGAGCCAAACGGCACGUCCUCCAACCAACAACCUCAAUAAAGAUGCAGACGGUGAACCUCACUGUGUGGCCUUCCCCCAGAAACCCUCUGACACAAAUCCCUCGGGAGUUGCAAGCAUUCGGUGUACAUCUGCCUUACAGUGCCACUCUGUUCACACACAGUGGGAAGACCGCACCCUACUUGAUCAUGAGUACACAAAAACAGCACCGCACCGCCAUACAUCACCGCAGCUCCAGGCCAGCAGUUCCAGGACGGAAGUAGAGGCUGUAAACACGGCGGAAUUGGACAAAAAGAGCCAUAUAACGAUACAGAAAGGACAGUCACUGCCACCUUUGGUUCAGUGUUCAAACUGUUGCAGCAGUUACCACUGCCCUUUUUGUUCGGCUGGCUCAUUUAAGCCUACCAGACUGGACAAGUUAAAUGCACACAUAAAAAAUCAUUUUAGGAGGGCCAUUCUCCAUGAAGGGUUCACCAUUCACAGAUGUAGUUUGGACUGCAGACCAUCACUUCAUUAUCACUGCCUUUACUGCCCAACUACUGUACUACGUAGAAAUGACUUUGAAAAUCAUUUACUCGUUUGCAAAGCAAGACAGCUUCAUGUUUUCGCAACAGAACCACCAGCCACCAGUGCCAGUUUUACUGCUUCAUCAGUGACCACUGCAGUAGUCAGUGCUCUUCCAGUGAUUGGCAGUCCUCCGGUGACCAGUGUGAGAAUUGGUGUUCCUCCAGUGACAGGUGUGAGAGACAAUGCUCAUCCAAUGACCAAUGUGAGAGUUGGCGUUUCUCCAGUGGCAGGUGUGACAGACAGUGCUCCUCCUCCAGUAACCAAUGUGAGUCUCUAUGCAUCUCCAGUGACCAGUGUGAUAGAAGGUGUUCCUUCAGUCAGUUCUCUUUUAGCAUCCAGUUCAGGAUCUGGUGCUUCCACUCUGUCCGUCCCAACAUCCACCAUGCCAUCAGUCUUGAAAACACAGGAACCCACCACUGUUUACACAGGUAGGGUUCGUGUGCGAGCAGUGAUUAGACGGAAAUGCCCUCUUUGUAAUAAGCUAAUGAACAAAUGCAACCUGAAGAAACACAUUGAGCGCAAACACACAGCGCAAACAAAGGACAUUAAUGCAAGAACUCAUCUAACCAGCCAGUGCAUUGAUAAGACAAAUGGCAUUUUUGCAGUCUUGAAAACAUUUAAAGGCCACAGUGAACCACUUCAUGUACAGUGCAAAACAUUUGGAGAAGACCAUAGUGUGUUAUGUGAGUCCAGUAAAUGCCAGGUUAAAAUGGAACGUGCUCAGAGGAGUGGCUUUACCUCUCACCUUUGCAGACACAUCAAGUCAGUCAGUUAUUGUACUUCCUCUGCAACAGCAGUGUCCCUGGAAGAAGAUGUAUUAACAGAGAUGGUUAGAGCAAAAUGGUUUGGUGAAGAAAAGAAGAAGAUUUGCCUUACUCAACAGCUCCUUGCCAACACCAACAAGGUUCCAUUAUCUGUCCACACCAACAUUUUCCUCCCGGAGAGCAAAAAAUGCGUUUCUGUUUAUGAACCUACUUUAUCAUCUUACAACAGUUUGGGACGUGUCAUGGUUGUCUAUAAUUCGAAGUUCAACACCUGGCACUGCCCAUGCUCAAAGAGGAGAAGUUCUUGUAUACAUAAGUAUGUUGCAAAAUGGCACUUGUUCCAGACCCGCCGUGAGUUAUUCCGGGAAGUCUGUAGUACUGAGAAAGUGCUUGACUUGGACACGGAUGAGGAGCAGUGUAAAGAAAGCACAGAUAAUUGGGACAUGAAGGAUGACAAUUCUAUCUAUCCAGCAGAAGGUGAAGGACAAGAAAAUAUGGUUACGCAUAUUCUCCAGAACAAAAAAAUACCUCCUGUCCUGCCAGAAGGCCUAUGUGUUCCAUCACCAGAGAAACACUUUCCAAAAGCCCUUUGUCCUGAUGAAACACUGUCUCAGAGAUGCAGUGAUGCCUCCCUUAUUGAUCCUAUACUGAUCACAACAAAUGCCAAAAUACUCACCAACAGGGACAUUAUUGAAGAUGUUGCUACGCAUCAAGAAUGGAAAGACAAACUACACAACUCCAAUGAGCACAUUCCUCUUGAUUUACCUGUAUGCAGAACUUUAAGAACCCUUCUCCAGAGCCAUAUAACGAUACAGAAAGGACAGGCACUGCCACCUUUGAUUAAGUGCUCCAACUGUUGCAGCAGUUACCACUGCCCUUUUUGUUCAGCUACCUCAUUUAAGCCCACCAGACUGUACAAAUUAAAUGCACACAUAAAAAAUCAUUUUAAGAAGGCAGUUCUCCAUGAAGUGUUCACCAUUCACAGAUGUAGUUUGGACUGCAGACCAUCACUUCAUUAUCACUGCCUUUACUGUCCAACUACAGUACUACGUAGAAAUGACUUUGAAAAUCAUUUACUCGUUUGCAAAGCAAGACAGCUUCAUGUUUUAGCAACAGAACCACCAGCGACCAGUGCCAGUUUUACUGCUCCAUCAGUGACCACUGCAGUAGUUAGUGCUCUUCCAGUGAUGGGUGUGAGAAUUGGCAGUCCUCCAGUGACCAGUGUGAGAGUUGGUGUUCCUCCAGUGACUGGUGUAAGAAACAGUGCUACUCCAGUGACCAAUGUCCACCAAAUCCACCAAAAGGUGAAGGACUAGAAAAUAUGGUUAUGUAUAUUCUCCAGAACAAAAAAAUACAUCCUGUCCUUCCAGAAGACCUGUGUUCCAUCACCAGAGAAGCACUAUCCAAAAGCCAUUUUUCCUAAUGAAACACUGUCAACAUGAUCUUAUACUGAUUGCAAAGAAGGCCAAAAUAUUCACCAACUGGUACAACAUUGAAGUUCUCCAAUAGUGACUAUGGACUUGCAUUAAAAAGUGUGUUUUUCACUUGCCAGGUAAUUUAUUUUCAUGUAUUGAAACAGCAGUAAUUUUUGGUAAGCUUUUAUAAUGCUACUCUUGUCAUUGACGUUUAAUAUUGUUUUUCAGCAAGUGACAUUCAAGAGCCUCCAGAGGGUUUUGGAGGAGAGAUUAAUCUGGAAAUGUUUUGGGAGGCAGUUUCUUAAGAGAUGAAUGGUCAUGGAUUUGUUUCAAAAACACGUUUUUUGGUUCUUUUGUAGUGAAGGGAUAUAAAUAUUUUAAAAAAACUGUUUUUUUAUUUUUUGUUUGUUUAUUUAUUGCUUGCUCUAAUUUCAGGUGCUAGAGUUGUUUUUGUUUGUUUUGUGAUUACAUGCUAAACAAAUACCAUGCCUCUGGUAGGCAUGAUGUAGUUUUGUGUCUCAUGGUCUGUUUUUUGUAGUCAAAUUCUUGAUUUAUAAUGUGGUAUUUUUAAAUAAAUAAAUGUAAAUUUGUAUUAA